AUGACUUCAGAAGCUUCAGAAACUUUUCAAGAAUCUUUUCAAGCCACUGCAGCUGAGUUUCAAGAAGAAGUUCCAGAUCAGAGUGAAGACACUGCAAGUGCUACAUGCACAAGUACAAGUACAUGUACUGUUACAAGUAGUAGUGCAGGUGGAAACAGGAGAAUGAGUUUGGUGGCUCUGAGGCGUCAAGAGCUAAGUAAGAAACUUCCUUGCAAAGAUCUUUUGAAAGAAAUUCCAUCUGCCUUGAAAAGAUUGUCAAGUCCACCUGAAGCUGUGCAAAGUGAACUUGAAUUACUUGAAAAUGCAAAGGAAUCAAAGCUGGCAAAGGAGGGAGAUGAGCAGGAUCAGGGGCAGGGAGAUGAGAAAAAUCAGGAAAUCAAAGAUUUUCAAGCCAUGACACCUACCAAUGCUAUGCAUAGCAACAACCAGGAUCUGCCAAUGGGAAUUGUGGCUUCUCGCAGAACGGAGCUCAAGCGAAAAAUUUCCAAACAAAAUCUCAAUCUACCGGAUCAGAGUGAUGACAGUCAAACAACUACCGGUAUGAAAAACCAGCAGAAGAAUAUUAUUGAAGAUCAGGAUGAUACCACUGAAAUUGAAGCAACUAAAGCCACGGAGCUGUCCAACAAUCACCAUACUACAGAGGGAAUGAAAAACAAUUUGCCAGCCGUCACCUUUGAUCAAACGGCAACCUCCUUUUCAUGUUCGUCAUCAUCUCUCACGUUGCAACAGCCAUCAUCCACUGUGGCUAUUAAUAGUACCGGUACUACCAUGGGAAUUGUAGCCUCCCGAAAACGAGAAAUCAACAGGAGAAUGUCACAACUCAGUGCUUCCUUCAGCGCUCUACCAACAAGCAAAUCAAAAACGAGAUCAUCACUGACGAAUACUUACACUGGCUCCAUGAGCUACAUUUCCUUUGACGACGACAAAACGGAGAGUGUACAAGGCGACGACGACAACGAAAACAGCUAUUCCAUCUUUCACAUGAUGUCCAAUAAUAAUAAUACCUUGGAUGAUUCGUCGUCGGGAACUGAUAUCGAUAAUGACAAGGAAUCAGUAGCGAGGACAAUGGCUCCUCCGACCGUCGGAGCAAACUCGGGGCUGGUCCAAUCCAUGAAGCAAAAGGUUCUAAAGCGACUUUCACAAUCCAUGAUCGUAUCCAACAACAACGGCAAGAAUUGGGAUAUCGGUGGUGCACACGGAUCUUCCGUAUUUGUGGAAAACUACAAACAGGCCCUACUGGAACAAAAUACUCCAGCCGAAAAAGAUGACAAUGCACAGUCCAUUUCAUCCUUGGGAAUCACAACAACAAUGUUUAAUAAUAGCCAGCACACGGGGAAGAACGACGACGACGACGACCUUUUGAAAACUCAGGACGUGUCCAACGAGUUUGUCCAGUCUCGACGAGACGAAUUUUAUCGGGGCAUUCAGAACAACAAUGGUGUGCGAGAGCAACAGCAAGUGGGCAAACUGGAUACGACCGGGUGGGAUAAUCGUCCUUUGACGGCUGGAACAAUAAUCGCGGGAAGUGCGGCUAUUUCCCGGACCACUCAAGCUCACGCCGUGGAAGCAAAACGAAACGAUUCCUUGACUGGCAUGGUAGCAACGUACGACGAGGCCACAAUCAAAGACAGGGCAGCAAGGACCAUCCAACACUUUAUGCAAGAGGCCACGGACGUUCUCAUUUGGCAUAGGGAGGAAGCUUCGUACUGGCAGGAAGAACUGCUAGACAUUGAUCGAAGAAAGAAGGAAGAGUUGGAGGACGUGCAAAGAUACUUGCAAUUGCAAAAACGACAAAUCCUAGAAGACUUGCGCCCUGAACAUAAUGUGGAUUGCUCCUGUUCCGUAGAGGGAAAAGAAUGCCGAUGCCAGGAGCAGGAGCAGGAUCAAGACUGGGCUGCUGACUGGCAGUGGGUCGAAGAACACAAGGAGCAACUGGCCCAGGAAAAGAAGGCAAACGAGGCACUGAACAAGUCCAUGAGAACGCUGUCUCUUGAAAACAAAAAGCUGUCCAUGGAUCCUGCGGCGAAAACUGACCAGCUCAAUCUGCUCAAGAAAAGAGUAAAGGUUUUGGAGGACGAGCAUCUGAAAUGGACGGAUAUUGUUCAUGGUAUGCAACUUGCCAAAAAGGGUCUCCGUGCGGAGAUCUCCACAAUCGAAAGAUCCGCCCGCCGUAUCCAAAGAUUCAUGCAAGAGGUCACCCCUCUUCUUAGCAUCUAUUGGGAAGAGAUGCUUUAUUGGAAGGAGGAAAAGGAGGACGUGGAGAAGCGCAGGCAAGAAGAACUGGACGAUGUCGAGAUGUACCUCUUGCUGGAGAAGCAGCAAAUCCUUGCCGAGCUUCACGAAGAAUUCGGUGGAGGCGACGACGACGGUGAUGACUGGACGCAGCAAUGGGCUAGUGACUGGGCGUGGGUUCAGGCCAACAGAGACCAUUUGUCAAAUGAGAAGCAAAAGAAAGAAGGAUUGAUCGAAGCCAUUCGACAAUUGGUUCUAGACAACAAGAAACUGGGCAUCGUGUACCAGAGAGAGGAUGGCAAGCUGCAAGAAGCCAAAAAGACGGUCGAUGCGCUACUCGAGGAAAGAGACAGAUUCGUGUCCAUAUCGAACGCUUUGGAAGUGGCUACCACAGAGUUACAGGUUGUGAUCGCAUCGCUCCCGGUUGCCGAUUCUGACGACAGAAAGUGUCCUCCCAAGGACGAACAGUCACCUGUUGGGGGCGAAAUCACCGUCACUGGCAGCGAAGACGAGGUGGGAACAGAAACGGAAGGGGUCGAGGGAAACAACGGCAGCAGCGACAAUGGUCACGACGAGGUGGGGAGCACACAUAGCGAUAGUAGCGAUAGUCAGGUCGCCGACGGAGACGAGACGGACAUGGCGUCGACUUCUGCCAACCAAGAAUCUACAAACGAGGGUGCAAGUGACAAACACAAAUCGGAUGACCAUCAUGCCAAACGAAACAAACGAAGCAAGCCAAGGGGUUCCUAUUCAUGGAGGAAUCACCUCAAACGGACGAAUUCUGAUCCGCAGUUAAACGUAAGGGGCUCGACGGGUGGCUCAGAAACCUCUGAAGAGGGGAGGGGUCGCGAGCCGAAUCCAACUUGGAGCAGACCCAUCGGCGAGGACCCACGUAACGACAUCGACAUCGACAACGGGCGUCCAGAACAAUCGCGCAAUCUCGUCGAUCCUUCAGUAACUGGAAACACUCCUCCAAAACAGACCAAUGCUGUUCCUCCCAUGCCGACGAAGGUCACAAGGGUCAGCGACGAAGAACUGCCCAAGCAGGAGACACCGGCCGAUGUGAAAGAAAAACGAUUCAGCAAGCAGGGCAAGAGUAAGAGCGCAGACGAUGCCAACUCAACGAAAGGACACCUGCAAUGGAUGGAGUCGGCUCCGCUUUUGUCUUUGGUCACUGAUGCCCACAGCUGCGGUUCAGUUUCAACGAGUAGCGAAAGCCAUCGAGGCGCAACCAAGAGCAGCGAGGCUGCGAAGAAAGAAGACAAAGAAACUAAGAGCGACAACCCUGCGAAAGAGGAACGCAAAGAAACUCAAAAGAAACAGCACAUCCAACCAGGUGUCUCGUCUCCAUCACUACACCCACUGGAGUCGGCACCACUUUUCGCAAUAUUCAAUGACACAACAAGUUCCGAGCACGUUGGGACUGAUGCGCAAGGUAGCGGUAGUUGCAGUACAUCCAAGAAGAGCAAGAUUGAAAGUGACAAGAAGGAAAGCAAAGAAACACGCAAGAAACGCGGCAGUCGGGCCGUUUUGAAGCGAAAUGACUCUGCUCCAUCUUUUUCUGGGAAAAGUCGUAAGGAAAAGAGCUCAGGUUCUGGAAAAAGGGACAAGGGGAAGACGGAUGGGGUGUCAAGAAGCCGCAGUAUGGAGGAUGGGAUCAAGUUGACAAGCGGGCGAAACGGUCAAAGGAAGAACAAAUCAGCGUCAAUUACUAGUCUUCAACCCGGAAUGAACUGGCGUGACACCGGGAAGAAUCAGGGGAAGAGCUCCAUCGGUAAAGCGCCAACCAUGAACUGGGGCGAAGUCAAGUCAGCCAAUGAUGUGGGGAAGACAAAAGCAGAGUCAACUGCUCGGGCAGAAGGGCCUGAAAUGAAGUUGAGAAAGCCUGAGCCAGGAAUGAACUGGGGAGAGACGAAGUCCGGGAACGAAUCUGGGAAGAAACAGGAGAAGAGUGCUGGCGGCCAUAAGCCAGGUAUGAACUGGGGUGAAGUCAAGUCAGAUGCUGCGAAGAGUAAAUCAGACUCGGCCGCUGGAAGCUCACAGAAGCCAGCAAUGCACUGGGAUACGGUCAAUACCACAAAUCAUGCUGGGAAGAACAAAUCAGAAUCAACGCCCAUUUCAGAUAUUUUGGGCAUGAACUGGGAUGCGGGCAACUCUACAAAGCAACCUGGGGAAUGCAAAUCACCGUCGACUGUGAGCACACAUAUGCCAGCGUCUGCAAAGGAUGGCACUGGCAAGGACAGCUCGAAGAAAUCGGACAUGAAUCUGGUUCAAGAUGACUCCAGCAAGAACUCAGGCAAGUCAGAAGAGUCGAGCGCCAGCACACAACUGCCAGGGAUGAACUGGGAGAAUUCCAAAGUGCUGAGCGACAAGUCCGAGUCAAGGUCUAGCGAAAGACCCGCCAUCAACAUGGACAACAAAGUCACGAGAAAGAAGAGCGGUAGAAGCAAAGGAAGCAUGAGGCGCAACGAUUCGGCUCCUGCUCUGAGUGGAUCUUCUAGCAAGCACGACAAGAGUAGCCGCAGCGGGGGUGGCAGAAAUGCGUCGUAUACGUGGAAGAGUCAUUUGGGUGCGCUGGAUAGUUCCCCUCUGUUGGCCCUCAUCUCGGACAAUCGCGGCUCUACGACCGACCCAAACAGCAGUAGUCGCAGCAGCAAGAAACGAGGCAAGAUGAAGCGGGCCAAGAGCAAUUUCUGA